AUGACCCUAAACCCACCGCACGGUGUGCAAAAGUUUCCUGGCGUUAAAGAUGAGGAAGACGCCCUCCAAAUCAUAGCGUGCACCCCCUUUCCCCACUCACUCUCCCCCCAAUUGUUUAAUCCGUGGUAUCUUCUUUAUAUGAACAAUCCCGGGCAACUUCGCGCUCUCGGUCGCUUUGGCGCUGUCUUCGCUUCAGUAGGAGCUUUAGGAAUAUAUGCUUUUAAAAAUUCUAUCUACACUGUUGAUGGAGGCGAGAGAGCGGUAAUUUUUAGUCGAAUUGGCGGCGUACAGGAAGGAAUUAUAUCUGAAGGAACUCACUUCUGCAUACCGUGGCUGCAAAGGCCUAUUAUAUAUGACACCAGGGCGAAAGUUAGAAGAAUAUCAACUCCUACUGGAUCUAAAGACCUGCAGAUAGUAAACAUUACGUUAAGAAUUCUCUGUCGACCUGAUAAAGAAAAGUUGCACUUAAUUACUAAAGAAAUUGGCCCUGACUGGGAUGAACGCAUAUUGCCUUCUAUAUGUAACGAAGUUCUUAAGUUAGUAGUUGCUCAAUUUAACGUCUCGCAACUUAAUUCUCAGAGAGAGCAGAUUUCUCGCUUAAUUAGUCAACAGCUCUCUUUACGAUGUUCUGAAUUUCAUAUUGUCUUGGACGAUAUAUCUAUUACAGAGAUAAACUUUUCACCAGUUUAUAUGGCCGCAGUGGAAGCAAAGCAAAUUGCUCAACAAGAAGCUCAGCGGGCCCAGUUCACAGUAGAAAUGGCCAAACAAGAGGCUCAGAGGAAAAUAGUUCGCGCACGUGGUGAAGCCAAAGCAGCGGAAGUGAUUGGGAAACAAAUUGCUGGUAAUCCUGCUUAUCUUCAUAACCGAAAAAUUGAUGCAGCAGUGACCAUGUCCAACAUCAUGUCUAAAAGUCAAAACAAAGUUGUUUUGGAUUCAGAUGCUCUUAUUCUAAACGUUCAAGAAGUUUUGCUAAAAUAA